AUGCUGGCCCUUCGUGACGAGAACGUGGUCAACGCAGCUCAAGCUGCUCGCCUUGCUCCGGGAAAAGGGCAGCUGGCUCCCAAGACCCCUGGAGCCCGAUACCCGAAGACGCCCUUGAAGAUUCCCCUCAACGACGAGAAUGCUGUUGGAGGGGCCAAAUCAGUGCUCGCUGCCAAGUCGAACACCAACGGAAAUACUCAGCUCACGGCAAAGAAGCAGAACCUUGUGACUCCUUCUGAGACACGAUCUCGGGCGCCGCUCGGAAACAAAACCACCAAUGCAAAGGCCAAGGGCACUCAGAACACCGGGGGAAGGGAUGGCGAGAAAACACAGGCGAAGCCCACGACCACCAAGAAGCUGAAGCAACGGUCUCCCAGUGUCGGCCCUCUUAAGCUCGAAGUUCGCAACGACCAGGCUGGUCCAGCCGAGGAGCCCGAUGUCGAGUACGCACCGCCUACCGUCAAGGAUCUGCCCUACGAGUCAGACGUCCUUUCCAAUGGAGACUUGACAUUUGAGGGGCUCAAGCCCGAGAACAUGUUCAAGGGUUACUAUAACCACUUCUACAACCCCAUGGGCGAGGAUGGCGUCAGGCUUCAAGACAGGCAGCAUCAGGAGAGGCUCCAGAAGGCUCUCAAGGAGAGUGACGAGCGUAUCCUCCGAGACAUUCAGGAAAUGGACUGGUCCGUCUCGGACGUUCCCGAGACUUCCGUCAUAUCUCAGCGAAAGGCACCAGCCCCGGCUCCUAACCCAGCCGUCACCAGGAAGGCGGUAGGAGGUGCCGCCAAGUACCCGCCUACGAUCGCUUCUAGAAGAGCCGCGUCUGCUCUGUCAAUGUCCACCGGUAACACCGUUAGACAGAAAAAGGCCAUCGAGCAAAAACCCACUGUCAGACGACCAAUCUCUUCUAUACUCCCGCGCACCAGACCGACCAAGCCUGCCGUGGCCCCAAAGUCUUCGGACGCUGAAAGCGCAAUGGGAGAAGCCGUGUCGAGAAACACGUUGGGCUACACAAAGGGUCGCUCAGCCUCUUCCUUUGUUAGCGGGCGUCCAGUGUCGGCCGCGGCUCGGUCGGUCUCGAUAGAUGCGAAAACGACACUGCCUCCAAAGAUGACCAUGAGACGUGACGCAUCUCCCCAGAAGCAGAGACAGGAGGCCCGGGACGACAGCGAGGAGCUUGGUAAACUGCAGUUUCUAUCCAUCUUUGAUCCCGCUGGAGAUGAUGAGGAUGACGGCAUUGCCAGCGCAGGUCCACGAAACGCAGACUUCGAGGAUGAUGAGUUUGAGAUGAAGUUAACCUUUUAA